AUGAUAAUUCUGCUGUUCGCAAUGACACAAUUCAAGAAAUAUCAUGUGUUUUUCAUAACUCUUUACAUGGCAAUGGUAUUCACUCGAUUACUUGCUCUUUUGAUGCGUUCCUCUGGUUAUUUUCUCAUUUUAUACAGAGAAAGUGUUCCAUAUCAGAUUUAUAGUGCACUCUGGAUCGCCAAGUUUUCAGCACAAGCAGCAGCAUUGGGUUGUAUACUCGAGAGAAGUUAUGCAACUUUCUAUGCCACAAACUAUGAAAACUCGAAACGUUUUUAUUUUAUUUCUCUAUGUGUCGUCACUUGUACUAUAUGCUCUGGAUUAAGUUAUGUUGAUUCGAAGAGUGAUCUCGGAAGAAAAAUCAAUACAGUUUGUUUCAGUAUUUUUAGUUCUUUAACAACAAUUAUGCUAGUUAUAAUCAACAGACGAUUAGUUAAAAAAUCGUCAGGAGCCAAGUGCAAUCUCUCGGAAAGGUAUCAAUUGAGUGAGAAUAUCAAAGCUCUCAGACUCUUGCUCCCAUUUAUAAUGGUUUUAUCCGGCAACUCAAUACUUCUUUCCGUUGGAAUUGUAUUCUUCAAUGUGGACACUGUAUUCAAUCUCCCAGAAUGUCAAUUGGUCCCUUUUUAUCUUCCAAUCUUUUAUUUCCUUCUGAUUAGUACUACAAUUCUCAAUUUGGCUGCUCCUCUUUACGUACUUUAUCAUAAUCGUAAAACACUCCAAAAACGAAAAAUUGGAGUUGCGGAGAUUCGAAACGUGCUCGGCGUGAAUAUAGUCGGUGAUGGAAUGGACAAAGAGCAAUACUUUCAGCACUACAAAACCCAGUGGGCCUGA